CUGUAGGACCCCAGGUUUGGGCCGACGUCCCUUGGCCCUGGUUAGCUUGUCUAAAUUGAAGAAUGACUGCCACUGACAAUCUCUUUCAGGUGGUCAAGACAGACAACUGCACAACCGCUCAGCUCAGCUUAGCCUCCCGGCUGCCUUACCGACGGGAGUACUCUUUGCCUUGCUAAGAUGUCUUCUCACGGGGUCCCUGAGGCGUUGAUGAAAAAGGUUGACGAAUAUGUCGACUCACUCGCGCCCCAGAUCCAGCCCCGCAUCACGUCCGAGCUUGAGGAUUUUCAACAGAAGACCAUCGACAUUUUGGAGACACAGGUCAUCGACGCCUUUCGCUCGCUUUUCGACAAGGACGGGGUUAGCUCUGCGGGCGCCUCAAGAAGCCCUUGGAGCCUGAACGACGCAACCCCGGAUGCUUACGGCGGCCAGUCUCUGCCUUUCGCCGACGAGAUCGCCAAGCUGACACGCAGCUUCAACAAGACCACCACCGAUGAAGCAGGCGAUGACCUACGUGACAUUUUCGAUCUCACUGAAGGCCGCGAUGGUCCAGGCGAGACCCGGUCCCGGUCCCGUGGAGUGGACCACACCAACGCCUCCCAGGGAGCCAAGGGCUUCCUCUCCGCCGCCAUCAAUGUCUUUCAAGACCAUUUAGAUAACAACAAAGGAUCAGGUGGCCCGAGAUUUGAGCUUGACGGGCUUCUCGGCGUGAUCAGCAACACCGUCAAAGACGCCGCGCGCAACCCAGAGGAGAAGGCGCGCCUCAUCAGCCCCGAGAUCAAGGAGAAAGUCGGCGCGAAGCUGCGAGAGCAGCACGCGCCCAUCGCGGAGCAGUUUACUCGCAUCGCGCUAGACCACAUCAAGCGCUGGUUGCGCGGCAACACGAGCACGCGGGAUCUUGGUGAUGGCGUCAAGGGCGAGAUUGAAGACCAGGUCAAGGACCUGGUGAAGGGGAUUGGAGGCUUAUUUGGAAAAAAGAAGCAUUCCAGCGAGGGGUCUUCGAGAGGCUUUGGUGAUCGGGAUCGCGAUGGUGACGAGGGAGAAAACAGUGGCGGCUUCUCCAAGGUCAUCAGCGAUAAGCUAAGUACGGGUCUUGCCAGAGUCCACAGGGAAGUCCGUCUCGAGUUCCGCAAGGUGCUGGGUGGGAUCGAGAAGCAGCUGUUUGAGUUGCUGCCUAAUGAGUUCCAGCGUCCGCUUGAGAGGAUCCUCGGCGGCAACCCCUUCGACUCGCAGCUCGACCGCGACGCCGGGUCUCAGGCGGACCGCGAUUUCGGAGACGAUAUCAAGGCCAAGCUGGUCAGCAAGAUCCGCGGCCUCGUGCGAAAGGUGCAGGAGACGCUGCGCGAGAGCAUUCUAGGAGUCGUGAGCGGCGGACACCGCAAGUUCGAGCGCGAAAGCUGGGUUUUUGUGCAGGCCAUGGUGGAGCAGAAGGUUCAGAAGUACUUGCCCAUGGUAAAAAUCUCUGUGCCGGAUGAUAUUGGCAAUGAAGGUGUAAGUGUGGGAGCGCCGACAUCUAGCGCGCAACUCGGUGGUGGAAUCCAGCCUGUGCCUCCUUCACAAGGAGGCUAUAUUUCUCCCCCCUCUCAUGAACAACAUGGCGGAGAGGCGCAUGCUCAACAAACAUACAAUCCUCCUUCGCAAUGCCAACCCCACCAAGAUUACCGACCCGAAAGUCAUCAACAGAACCAGGAAUACCGGCCUCAACAGCACGAGUCCCAUCAGGAAUAUCGGCCUGAUCAAUACCAGCCGCCUCAGCAGUAUCAUCCUCAGCAGUACCAGUCGAACCAGCCCCAGGGCUACCAACAGAAUCAGGGCUACCAGCAGAGCCAACGGUAUGAACAGAAUCCGCGGUACUGAAGACAGCACCACAGAGGUUUGAGCACGUCAUGGAGCGCGGCGGCUAUGUCUAGACACCAUCUGCCAACCAAGACCCGACUACCCCUUGCCCGAAUGUAUCAAGGGACUGGAGGUCAGCCAGUGUCGAUCCAAUAAACUCGGUGUUGUCCUAGUAGUUCUGUGCACUCGCUCCGCUGGGAGAACAGCUUUUGGGCCCUCUGGCUCCUGGUGACUUUGCGCCUCUAGUCAUGGCUCAGGGUGAAUAAAGAUAAGCGGACGGGACCCGAAGCUGAGCCAAGCCUGAACUGUCCUGAAUAUGUCCUGAGCAAAAGCGGCGACGUGUUGUAUAAGUGAGGCUUCUUGUUGCCUAGAUUGGGGUCUUAUUAUAGGUGUGAGACACCUACUGAUUGACUACCUACUGGCACAGGUAGUCUACCUAGUUAGCACCUGGCCCGCACAGACCAUGCUUGAGGAGCAUUUCUUGUCAAGAACGGAGAUCC